UUCAGCCCUUCGCGCCGGGGAGGCAGGCUGGGACCGGCGCACGGGACGCAGCCGCCUUUCGCGCCCUCCCGGCCGACAUCAUGCUCCAGUUCCUGCUUGGAUUUGCUUUUGGCAACGUGGUUGGAAUGUAUCUGGCUCAGAACUAUGACAUACCAAACCUGGCUAAAAAACUUGAAGAUAUUAAAAAGGACUUGGAUGCCAAGAAGAAACCCCCUAGUUCAUGAGGCCGACUCCAGCACUGCCUUCUGGAUGUACUGAUUCUGCUGCUCUUGAGGGCCUCCUUUACCAUCUCAACCAAAAGCUUUUGUUUUCAUCUCCAGCCUCAGCGCGUUUCUUCUUUGCUGGAUGGACCCUGCGUUGCCUUAGAGCACAACUGGGGCCACAAUUAAGAACUACCCUUACUUCUCCAGCAUCCUCACCUCUGCCCUUCUUCCUUCCAGCCACUUGGGAGGUCCUAAGACUGGAAUUAUGGUGCUAGAUUAGUAAACAUGACCUUUAAUUAGUAGUCACCCCAUUAUUCUUUGUGAUCUCUACUAUGUUUUUUCAAAAGAGAAAUGGAUGAGUUUUGUAUAGCUGAUUAGAUAUAAAUGAUGCUGAUUUCACAGUUUAGAAAUUAAAAUGGGUGUUUAAACAUUUAGUACUAUAUUACGUUGUUUCAAAGUAAUUAAAAUUGAAAUCUAGAAGCCAGUUUCUGGUGAAUUAUCUAUUUUAUACUGUUGUCAGGCAGCUCCAUAAUUGCUAGUUUAACCAAUAAAUCAAUUUACUAUUCAUCAACUUGAGAAACUAUAUUCUGAGAACCCUGUCAGGAACUGGGGAAUUUAAAAAUACGUAAAAUAAUGGCCUUUGUCCUCAGUAGAAUUCAUAGGCUAGUAUGCAUGUUUUUCCUUAAUGAUGCGCUUGAUCUGGCUCUCUUCCCUCAGAAGAAUCACACUUAUUAUAAGGAGUUACAGGUGCAUU